AUGAUCGUGAGGGAUCUGAAGCGCCUGACCCUUGUGGUCGGGCCUUUGGUGGUCCUGCUGUUGCUUAGUGUCGCUCUGUGGCACUCGCGCGCCGAUUACGUGCGCUCCCACGUCGGCGCCCUGCUCAACAACGAUGCGAACACCCCGGCCGUGACCGGUCUUCACCGCAAGCCGAAGCUGACCGCCAACGAGACACACUACGAGAUUUUCUCGGCAUCCUCGACCGACGGCAGGUUCUUCGACAUCAACUUCGGCAGGGACGUCUUCAACCCCAAUAUCAUCCCGCACCAGAAGAUCAACAACACAUGGCAUGUUGUCGGCCAGCUCUAUACUGAUGCCAAUAGCGAUACGCCCGCCAAUGAGGCGUACGAGUUCGGAUGCGUUGCCCAGUUCAUCAACGGCGUACUGAUGUGCAUCGACUAUGUGCGACCGAUGCCCUACCAGCCGUCGCCGGGCGGCAAGUGCGUGGAUAAUCUCUCGCUUUACAACCUGGCGGUCGGGCCCCAUGACGCCCGCGUCUUCUUUGGGCCUCAAAACCCACUAACAAUCUACGGCUCGAACGGUGGCCACACCUGCUUUGGCCAAUUCAUCCGGGAUUUCCGAAAGAUGGUCGACUGGGAGUACGAGUUGAUGACCAACACCGAUUUCGAGGACGGGACCGAGAUCGUGCGACCCCCGCCGUUUUUCCCCAUGGAGAAGAACUACUUCGUCUUCUGGGACAAGGAUAACGAGAUGCACGUACACUACGAUGCUUACCCGAAGCGGGGGUAUGCGAAGCUUGAGCGCGACGGAAGCACGGGGCCAGAGCUUGCGACCAAGACCGCCAAACCCGACGAGAAGUGCUUGCAGCGUUACCUCCCUAAGCUACCCGCUGAGCUCGAGUCGAUUCACCAGGCGACCAACUCGCUGAAGAUUACGCUGUGUAACCGCGCCGACAAGAAGUGCGAAGCGCACGACGGUAACACCUACAUCAUGACCAUCAUCCAGCACAAGACGUACUACGACUAUCACAGCGAAUACGACCCUUACGUGAUGCUCUUCCAACAGCGCGCCCCCUAUGAGUUGUACGGAAUCUCCAAGAAGCCCCUUUGGAUCAGCGGGCGUAAGCAUCACAAAGGCCGGCGGACCGACAUGAUGUACGUCACGUCGGCCAACUGGAAGGACCGCGGCGUCAACUACCACGGUUACCUCGACGAUAUCGUCUUCCUCGGCUUCGGGUUUGAGGACAAGCAUGCCGGAGGCAUCGAUGUCCACGCGGGUGAUUUGCUCGUGGAUCUCGGUCUCUGCGAACAGCCAUGA